AUGGAUCAGGAGGAGAAGAAGGCGGCGGUGGCGAAUGAAGGAGAGGAGACCAAGAAAACAGAAGAAGAAGAAGUGGUAGUGGCUGCUGUCAGCAAGCUGUCAGAGGACGCCCCACAAACAGCAACAACAACCACUGCCCCCUUGGACCAGGCCUGCAGCACUUCUCAGGACGAUGAUCAGACAGUGGGCGACGACAGUGAAGACCGACUGGUAAUGCUCGGUGACGUGCUCAAGGAGGUGGACGAGCUCGAGGAGAAUGAGCUGAACGCCAAGGCAGUGCUCGGCGGCUCCGAUGAGAUCAACUGCUCCUACGCUGCGGACCCCCCUCGGCAGGCGCUGUACGCCUGCAAGACCUGCGAGAUGGCAGUGGCCGACCCGGCUACGGGGGCGAAGCACCAGGCGGGCGUCUGCCUCGCCUGCAGCAUCCACUGCCACGAGGGCCACGACCUGGUGGAGCUGUACACGAAGCGGAACUUCGUCUGCGACUGCGGCACCGACAAGUUCGCCGCGGAAAAGGCCAACUUUGUCUGCAAGCUCUUCGACAAGCGCGGCCUGCUGAAUGAGUCCAACAAGUACAACCACAACUUUGACGGCCUCUACUGCACCUGCAAUCGGCCGUACCCGGACGAGGAGGACGACGUGGAGGACUGCAUGCUGCAGUGCGGCAUCUGCGAGGACUGGUUCCACGGCCGGCACCUUCAAAAGAGCGGCCGUCCGCUGACGAAGCCGCGCUUCCUCGAGGUCCUCUGCCAGGCGUGCGUCAGCCGGAACGACUUCCUCAGGCUCUACAUGGACGGGGGCGCCUUUGAGGGCGUCGGCUCGACGGAUGGAGAAACCGCUGCUGCUACCACAGCUUCCACUGAAACCACUGAAGCCACUGAUAAGAAGGAG